GUAGAUGUGAACUUCGACAGCCCGGGAGUAGUUGUAGUAGAGAGCGGGAAGAUGAAAGUUGGUGACAAUAACAGAGAUAUAAUGUCGACUUUUUCAUGGCAACCUAACGCUCAAAGAGCAAGCAAUCUUAGAGAUGGACUAUGGAGAAUUCACGUUUGCAAACCGAUCAAUCCUCAACGUAGGUGGGACUAUAUCCAUUGCCUCAGCCCAAGUUAAAGUCUACAGUGCGGACAGAAGCGUAAGAAUCAGCAACAUAAAAAUGACAAGUUCUGGAACAUUGGAGACAACAGCGAAGGACGUAUCCAUACACACUGCAGAAAUCUGUUCUGGGACACUGUGGAUUCACAGGAGCGCAAAGAUAAAAACCUUACAGAUAUGCGGGGGGCGCCUUAGACCCGGAAGGUCUGUAAAUGUUACAGAGUUAUUGAUAACUUCAGGAGACGUAUUUAGUAGUAGCGCGCGGCCAAAAAUUGUCGCGAGGCGUAUGGGAUGGGGUGCUGGCAGAGUCUGGGCAAACGACGGGACUACCGCCAUGACAAUACAGGUAGAUGAGCGCCUACAUGUCUUUGGAUCGAGCAGUAAGUAUGAAGAGUAUGACACCGUUAUCCGCGUCAACGGACAGUUUACAAUGAUUUCGGGAGGGAAUUUGUACAUGUCCCGUGGAGCUAUAAUACAACUAAAUACAGACAGUACUGCGUCAAUGCACCACGGUUACAUGAGAACACAGUAUAACCCACCCGGUCGGCUCACAAACAUGGGGGAUCUAACCAUCGGAGAGUACUCAAAAGCUACAACCGUUGAACUCGCCGUCCAGUUUCAAAUGCUUGGAAAGUUAUCAAUCAAACAUGGCCGAAUUCGCAUAGCUUCUGGCGGUCGACUUUCUGGCAGCACCGAGCUUUUCAACGAUGGAAGAUUCGAAGUGACAGGUGGGACACUGACCGCAACAGGUGCAAGCAUAUCUGGACCAGGAGAUUUGUACGUUUCUGGGGGUAUCCUCUCUCUAGAUGGAGGCGAAGUGCACUCCCCUAUAUCCAUUACAAGUGGAACGCUCCAGGUCCCCACGGAUAACCGUGUCACCACUCGUGGAGCAGUUAGGAUACAUGGAGGGACUCUAACUGUAGACGGUUACCUCGAGUGUCUCCAAGAUGUACGUUACAUUUCAGGGUCCUUGUCAGGAACUGGUAUUGUCAGGCUUGGCAACCAGUCUAAGAUACUAGUCAUGUCGACACAGUCUUCGGAUAGGCGCACCACAUCCGUUCGUAGUCUUCAGAUAUUUGGGCUGUUAGAGGUCAGCUCUUCUCUUGAGGUUAGAAGUCCCGGGGUGGUAAGAAACGAGGAAGAAGGA